AUGGCCAAGACAACAGUAAGAAGCAAACUAAAAAAAUCUGGUAAAACACCUUCUAGAAAACUUGGGAAAGUAAAGGCAAACAAAAUAUCGGUUGGUGAUAAGAAACGUGCCAAACUACAAGUAGAAAAGAUGAAUAAACAAGAUUCAUUACUUUCUGAUAUCAUAAAUUUGAAUGGUAAGUCCAAGGAAUUAGCAAAAAAUGUCAAUACUCUAUCAUCUAAACAAUUGAAAAAAGACCAAGAAAAGGAUCGUUUAUUAAACGUAGAAAUCAAAAAUAAAAAGAAGCAAACAAAUGAUGAUUUGAUAGCACAAAUAGAAAUGAUUUCAGGGUUUUCUUUAUAA